AUGCUUCGAUAUGUCACCACGGUCGAUCGGUUAACGAUGGCCCUGGGCGCUGUCGCGGCCGCUGUGGCCGGAGCAGCACUGGCUACUGUUCCUGUUGUCAUUGGAGCCUUCACCCAGCAUUUCAGCGACUUUCUAAAGCACAAAACGUCCUCCGAUGACUUGGCGCAUGAUACCAGCCAUCUAGCCGUGUAUUUCAUCUAUCUUGGAAUCGUUUCGUUCGUUGGGCUAUCACUUAGUACUUUGGGGUUUGCUCGGGUUGCGGAGUCCAGUACCUACCGUCUACGGAGAGCGUAUCUGUCUGCGCUCCUCAGGCAGGAUGCUGCAUAUUUCGAGUCUAUGGGUCCGGGGGAGGUGACUACGCGCAUCACGAAUGAUAUUAGUCUCAUACUCGAUACCUUAUCUCACAAAGUCAGCAUCCUAUUGACAGGUCUGUUUGCGUUUGUGGCGGCGCUGAUAAUUGCGCUAUCUCGCAAUUGGCGUCUCGGUCUAGUAUUGAUCUGCAUGCCUAUUGGAAUGGUCGUAAUCACGGGGACACUGGGAGCCUACAUGAGAAAAAUGCAGCAACAAAGUGGCAGUGUGUAUGUGAAAUCGGCGGACUUUGCUGAGGACGUAUUCGCAUGCGCCCGCAGCAUGAUCGCAGAUGGCGCGCAGGGGCGGUUGUCCAAGCGAUACGAACAGAUGCUGAUACCAGCAUUAGGAGCUGAUCUCCGAAGCAAAGUAGCCAUGGCAAUGAUGAUAGCUCUCACGAUGACGGUGAUUCUCUGGGGGUAUGGACUUGCGUUCUGGCAGGGAAAUCGCUUCUUACAAAAAGGAGAAUCCAGCCUGUCAGAUAUCGUGACUGUUUUGCUGACAUGCACUAUGGCUGGGGUUCUGCUGGCCCAGACUGCACCAUUUGCGGUCUCAGUCGUGCAAGCCAAGGCGAUUUCCAGCAAGAUCUAUGCUACGAUCGAUCGUGUCUCUCCCCUUGAUGCUUCAACAAAUUCCGGAGUGAUACCCUCCUCAUUCAACGGAGAUAUUGAAUUCCAGAGCGUCAGGUUUGCAUACCCUGGUCGACAGAGUGAGGCCGUUCUGGACGGACUUAGCUUGCAGAUUGAAGCUGGGACGUCAAUGGCAAUUGUUGGUCCCUCGGGCGCUGGCAAAUCAACACUGCUGGCUCUCAUCCAAAGAUGGUAUGAUCCAUUAGAAGGGAAUGUAUUCAUUGGGGGGCACAGUAUGAAUCAACUGAAUCUUCAGUGGAUGCGAUCUCAAAUUGGGUUCGUUGCACAAGAGCCAUUCUUAUUCAAUACCUCAAUCCAUGAGAACAUUGCAUACGGUCUAGGUGCAGAGGCUGAUCACCUCGACCAGGACACAAUUGUGGACAAGGUACAGGAGGCAGCCAAACUAGCAAAUAUUCAUGCUUUCGUUCUGAGUCUCCCUGGGGGGUACUCCACCAGGGUCGGUCAAGCUGGAGGUCUUCUUUCAGGUGGCCAACGCCAAAGGAUUGCUAUUGCGCGAGCGGUUAUCUCCAAUCCUCCAAUCUUGCUGCUUGAUGAGGCGACCUCAGCACUGGAUACCCAAAACGAACAAGCGGUUCAAGAGGCUUUGCGGGGGGUUUCGAAGGAGCGAACCAUGGUAAUCAUUGCACAUCGGUUGUCAACCAUCCAAAGCGCCAACAAAAUUGCGCUCCUGGAACAAGGAAGAAUCAUCGAGGAGGGAACCCACGAUGAGCUGAUAUCGCGGGGCAAGAAGUACGCAAGUCUUGUUCGAGCCCAGGAAAUUGCACAAGCCCGUCCGCCAUUACGACCGAGACAAGGCAACUGGAGGGAGAAAGGGUCUGCCCAAAAGCCAGAGACUGCUGCACGUCUGACAGACGCCAUGGAGAGUUCGGCAGAGAGGUCUACCUGGGGACUUGUGAAGAUAGUCUGGCACCUUAAUAAGCCUGAGCGAGUAUUCAUGCUCGUUGGGAUACUUGCGAGUGCGUUUGCCGGUGCAGGGUACCCCCUGCAAGCGAUACUCUUCGGAAACGCAGUAGUCUCCAAUAUAUCCCCAAGUCUAGCAACUGACGGCCAUGAUCCCACAUUCUGGGCCCUGAUGUAUGUUGUCCUCGGAAUUUGCCAAUUCUUCUUUUACACGGUCCAGGGAAUCUGUUUUGCCAUCACUAGCGCCCGACUGGUCUACCGAACACGCACCAAUGCGUUUGUUUCUCUUGUCAACCAAGACAUGUCCUUCUUCAAUCGAGUAGAGAACUCAUCUGGCACUCUAACCGCCUUCCUUGCGACCGAAGCAAGCAAGUUAGCGGGUGUCAGUGGGACCACCUUUGGGGCAAUCCUCAACAGUGUCAUGACACUCGUAGCCGCUGUAGCCGUUGCCUGCUCAUUCGGGUGGAAGCUGGGGCUAGUAGCCGCAUCUACCAUUCCAAUUCUGCUCACCUGUGGGUUCUUACGGUUCUGGGUCAUAUCAUGGGCCGAGUCUCACACGAAGCGAGCCACCGAUGCAGCAGGCGCAGCAUGUGAGGCUGUUUCGGCAACCACCACGAUAGCCUCUCUUGGUAUUGCAGAUCUGAUUGUCGAUCGAUACUGUGAGAAGCUUCAAGCCGAGCAACCUCGAACAUUGCGGUUCAACCUUGUAUCAAGCAUCAUGUACGCAGCCAGUCAGUCUCUAGUCUUCUGGGUCACUGGCUUUCUCUUCUGGUACGGUGGAGUAAAGCUGGUCGCGUCUGGCGAGUAUAGCGUCCAGCAAUUCUUUAUCUGUUUCACGGCCAUUGUCUGGAGCUCCCAGGCGGCCGGAAUGGUCUUCUCAUAUGCGCCAGAUAUUGCAGGGGCCCGGAGUGCGGCCGUUCAGCUGGCUGACCUUCUUUUCACCCGACCCGCAAUCGACGUGGGCCUCCAGCACGGUGAAGUUCCAGGGGAAACCUCAACAGGUGUGAUCCUGUCAUCGGUGGAAUUCGAGUUUCCCUCUCCCCGUGGCCCUUCCACAGUUCUACGAAACAUUAACCUGAUGGCCGAACACGGUCAGCUUACUGCCAUUGUCGGCCCCAGCGGGAGUGGAAAAAGCACAAUCCUCAACCUGAUCGAACGAUUCUACGACCCCACCCGCGGCACAGUUCUAGUGGGUGGAAUGGAUGUCCGUGGGUAUAAUCUAGCCGACCUCAGACGUACAAUGUCGUUUGUCGGACAAGGCGAGUGGAUGGUUGGCGGCACCAUACGGGACUGCUUGCUGAGCAACGAGGAGAAUGUGUCCGAGGAUGAAAUCAUGGCCGCUUGUAAAAGCGCGAAUAUCCAUGACUUUAUUAUCUCCCUUCCCAACGGCCUUGAUACCCCGGUGGGUGGCAAAGGCAGUCGCGUGUCCGGAGGGCAGAGACAGAGAAUCGCCAUUGCUAGGGCACUGCUCCGGAAGCCUAAGAUUCUGCUCCUGGACGAGGCAACAUCUGCACUGGAUACAAUUUCCGAGAAGCAUGUCCAAAAGGCUCUCACUGCUACCGGAGGAGAGCGGACAACGAUUGCAGUCGCGCACCGUCUGGCCUCCAUCACUCACGCGAAUUGCAUCUACGUGAUGGAUCAGGGAGAGAUUGUCGAUUGCGGCUCUCAUGAGGAGUUGGUCGCUCGACAGGGGUUGUACUGGCAGUUAUUUACAUUGCAAGGCCUUGAAAGUAUAUAA